GGCCACAGGAACACUGGGGCUGGAAUCCAAAAGCCACUGAGCUCAGUAAACCCACUGGGCACAGCAGAGGCAGAAGGGGUGAUGAGUGAGAGGCAAGUGGUGGUGGAUGCACCCACUGGUGCUAGCCCCAGCAUGUCCCUCCCAAGGCGCAGGGCAUCUUUCAGGGGAGCUCAGUCAUCUUCUCUCCUGGAGAGCAACCCGGGCUCUAGGACCAAUGUCGGGGAUGGCCUGGCCCAAUCACCUGUGAUCUAUAUAGGGCCAACACCAGCAGGAGGCAUAGGUGGCCAGGGUGCCCGUGUGACCUGCCGGGCCCUGGGCAUCAGCAGUAUCUUCUUGCAGGGCCUGCAGAGCUCAGGCCUGGCCACUGCACCUGCUCCAGGCCUGGAAGGGGACCAUGGUGCUGCUGAGGACUUGAGGGGCUGCCUGGUGGAAUACACAGCCAAGGUGCGUACCCUGGAGCAGGUCAGCCGGGAGCUAGAAACGCAACUGCGGAUGCACCUGGAGAGCAAGGCCACUGGCUCCCGAAGCUGGGGUGCCCUCAGGGCAGCCUGGACCAGCAGCUGCCAGCAGGUGGGUGAUGCUCUGUUGGAAAAUGCCCAGCUCAUGCUGCAGAAGGAGAAUAUCCAGGCGGGCGCAGACAACUUUAAAGAGAGAUAUGAAAAUGAGCAGCCAUUUCGAAAGGCAGCUGAAGAGGAAAUUAACUCUCUGUAUAAAGUCAUUGAUGAAGCUAAUUUGACAAAAAUGGAUCUGGAGAGUCAAAUAGAAAGCCUAAAUGAAGAGCUUGACUUUCUGUCAAGAAACUAUGAAGAGGAUGUGAAGGUGCUGUACAAACAGUUGGCAGGAUCUGAGCUGGAACAAGUGGAUGUUCCCAUUGGCACUGGCCUGGAUGACAUCCUUGAGACCAUCAGAAUUUGCUGGGAGAGAGAUGUUGAAAAGAACCGGGUGGAAGCAAGAGCGUUGCUCCAAGCCAAGCAACAGGCAGGGGUGGCCCGCGUGGCCCAGACUCAGGAAGAGAAGCUGGCCACUGCCCUCAGAGUGGAGUUACACAACAUUUCGUGCCAAGUCCAGAGCCUCCAGGCAGAGACGGAAUCCUUACAGGCCCUGAAACGAGGCCUGGAGAACACCCUGCAUGAUGCGAAGCACUGGCAUGACAUGGAGCUCCAGAACCUGGGCACCGUGGUGAGCAGGCUGGAGGCAGAGCUCAGGGAGAUCCAUGAGGAGGCAGAGCAGCAGUGGAAGGAGCAGGAGCACCUGCUGGCGCACACAAGCCAGCUGCAGAAGGAUGUGGCGUCCUACCAUGCCCUGCUGGACAGGGAGGAGGGCCGGUAG